AAAUCUUCAUCUUCUUGGUAGUGAAGCAAUGGCAUGUUCUCAAAUUCAAAAGCUGGAAAGUGAGGUGAGUAUGAAUGCUUCUGCUGAGAAAUUCUAUGAUAUUCUAUGCAACAAGACACACCAACUUCCCAAAAUUUCCCCUCAAAAUUUACUCUCUGUUCAAAUUCAUAAAGGCCAAUGGGGUACUCAGGGAUCUAUCAUAUCCUGGAAUUAUUUACAUGAGGGGAAAGUUAGUGUGGUGAAGGAGAUGGUUGAAGACAUUGACAAGGAAAAGAAGAAAAUAAGCUUUAGGGUUAUUGAGGGAGAACUGCUGCAACAUUACAAGAGCUUCAAGAUUAUGAUACAACUUACUCCAAAACAAAAAGGAAGCACAGUGCAUUGUGUGUUUGAAUAUCAGAAACAGAAAGAUCACAUUCCUGAUCCUCAUGCCAUAUUGCAGAUAACACUUGACAUCAACAACAAAAUUAAUGCAUACCUCACUCACAACCACAACACAGAUAUGGCAUACUCGCAGGUUCAAAAGAUAGAAAGUGAGGUUGAUAUCAAAACUUCUGCUGAUAAGUUGUAUGAUGUUUUCUGCAACAGGCCACACUAUAUUGCCACCAUUUCACCUCAGAAAGUACAGUCUGUUCAAAUUCAGAAUGGAGAAUGGGGCACUGAGGGAUCCGUCAUCACCUGGAAUUACGUGCAUGAAGGAAAGAUUUGUGUAGCGAAGGAGAUAGUUGAAGACAUAGAUAAGGAAAACAAGAAACUGAGCUUCAAUGUUGUAGAGGGUGACCUUUUGGGACACUACAAGACCUUCAAAGCUAAUUUGCAAGCUACUCCAAAGGGAAAGGGUAGUGUGAUCCAAUGGACAAUAGAGUUUGAGAAACAACAUAACCACAUUCCUGAUCCUCACGCCAUGUUGCAACUCGGAAUUCAACUCACCAAAGACAUUGAUUCUUACCUUACUAAGGAUCACAACUAAAUCAUUAGUUGUCUUGUCACAUGCUGCUGUCUAAGAAAUAACAAUUGAUAUAAUAAAUUAUGGGGCCUAAUAAUUAAUUACCCCUUAAUUGCAUCCAUCAUAUGUAUUAAGUGUUGUAAUAAGGUGCAUCAGUAACUACAUAGUAGGACUGAGCUGGGCACAUUUGUAUUGUGUUGUAUGAUUUAUGUUCGGUUUGGCUUUUUUUGUAAUUGUGAACUUUGGAACUCAGUUUCUUUUGAAAUCUC